AUGGCGCGUGGCCACUUCGAGCCACAGAAGGACAAGGAUGGCUGCAAGUUCGAGCGUCUGCAUGGAUAUUCGCUGCCUGACGUCGAUCAGGCAGCUUGCGUACCUGGAUACACCGAAGUGCUGUGGAUCCAGUGCAUGUGGUGA